UGUAUGUUUAUUAAUGGUAUAUACAAACUAAAAGACUAGUAAUGUGUCAACUGUAUUCUUGACCCUUUUAAACAUGUAUAAUUAAUUGCUUUUAGUCAAUUUUACAGUUAAACAUGGGAUUUUGAAUAUAUCGAAAGUGGCGAAUCGAAAUUGAAGCGAGAGUUGGUGAUAGUUUAGCGACACGUCAGCCACACGGAAGAAGGUGUCUGCUUCACCUGCCACUGUAUUGCUGUUUAGCACCGUCGUCUUGUCGAAAUGGGUGGUUUCUUCUCUAGUCUCUUCUCGGGCCUGUUCGGCACCAGGGAGAUGAGGAUUCUGAUCCUGGGUUUGGACGGUGCAGGAAAAACCACUAUUCUAUACCGGCUUCAGGUUGGAGAGGUGGUAACCACAAUCCCCACAAUCGGCUUCAACGUCGAGACUGUCACGUACAAAAAUCUGAAGUUCCAGGUGUGGGACCUGGGAGGACAGACGAGUAUCAGGCCCUACUGGCGGUGUUACUACUCAAACACGGAUGCCGUCAUCUACGUGGUUGACAGCAGCGACCGCGACAGGAUGGGCAUCUCCAAGUCCGAGCUGGUGGCCAUGUUGGAGGAGGAAGAGCUGAAGAAAGCUAUACUGGUGGUAUUUGCAAACAAACAGGACAUGGACCAGGCAAUGACUCCCACGGAGGUGGCCAACUCUCUGGGCCUCCCCGCCCUCAAAGACAGAAAAUGGCAGAUCUUCAAGACCUCGGCCACAAAGGGCACAGGCCUGGAUGAGGCAAUGGAAUGGCUGGUGGAUUCCCUGAAGAGUCGGCAGUAAAGGCUCCUUCACCCAUUCUGUAAAUACUCCAGACCCUUGACCUCUCUGUAUGAAGCCUUGUGACUGACCCAUCUCCACGUCCCACUGGAACAGUGAUUGCACUCCUCCCCACGUCUGUCAUUCCUGGGACUUACAAGAGAAGGCUGCAGUAACAUCUGGUGGCCCGAGGAAGUGAAGGAUUUAGAGAGCAUGUAUGACGGAGCGAUGGACAAGUUAGUGACUAAAGAUUGUGUUUUGGAAAUGUAAAAAAAAAAAA